CUUUUGCAGUCCCUCUGAGUACGACUUUGCGGGUAGUCCAACAUUUUCGCCAACAUGAAAAGUUUAGCCGUGUGCCUGUUGGUUGUUUGCCUUGGUGCUCUUCGGGUUAACGCUGGUGAAAUCCCUGAGGAAUUGAAGGGCCUCGUGGAAGGACUGCGCGAGAAAUGCCACAGGGAAACUGGAGUCGAUAUCGAGCACGUCGACAAAACCGUCGAAGGCUACUUCCAUCCCAGUGAAUUGCUCGGCUGCUACUUCUCUUGCCUUUUCAACUCCUUCGAUUUGCUCAAUCACGAUGGACACAUCGACUUUGACAAGAUGAUUGCGAAAAUCCCACCAGCGUACAUGGAGCACGCAAUGGAAAUGAUCAACGCUUGUCGUCAUCUUACUGGAAAGAAUCCUUGCGAUUCGGCUUUCAACAUCGUUCAAUGUUUCCAAAAGACUAACCCGGAGAAAUUCUUCAUGAUUUGAGAAGUUGCGCACGUACUGGAUUUCCAAGCUAUUGAUUUUUUUUUCACUUUGCUUCUUCUAGCCUUUCAAAUAUUCGCAAGUAAUAUGUAACCAAAUAAUAUAUAAUGUAAAAAUUUAUAUGAACAGCAUUAGGAGAAAAAAUAAAAUAAAUAAAAAUAAUAAAA